AUGCACGCUCAGUAUGUCUGUCACGCAUGCAACGCCAGGAAGAAGGCAUGCGAUAAAAAAUUGCCGGCAUGUGGUUUCUGCUCUGCCCGCAAUCUGGAUUGUGAAUACGAUGAAAAGACAUCCAAGAAGAAAGGGUUCCUCAGAAAGUAUAACCCAGGACGGAAAUUUGUCACCAUUCCUCCUAGGCAAAGUACCGAUCCUCCUGGCCAGUGGUUGUUGUUGCCCACAACGACUCAAUCAGUCGAUGAGCUGGUGCACACACACGCCCUUUGUUUGAUAGGGUCUAUGGAAUCCCCAUCGCAAGGCCCUAGCGAAUUAUACUUUCGAACCUUUCAUCAGUGGUAUCCUAUCAUUUCGCCCGAAGCCUUCCAACAUGUGGAAUCCAGCUGCUGCCGAAGGAAUUGCAUUCCACCGGCUGACUUCUCUAUCCUACUCCUGUCUAUGUGUAUGAUAACGUCUCUGCCAAAUCAGAAACAACCGUUCUUGCUUUCAUCAUAUUUCAACUGUGGGGUCGUCUAUACAACUACGAAAUCGCUCUUCGCCUUGGUUCAAGCUACCAGAUGCAAGUCCGUGAGACUAACUCAGGCAGGAUUUCUCAUUGCCGCAUGCGAAUAUACUUGUGCGCACCCCGAAACUGCGUACAUAUCUUUGAAUACCUGUCUUGCAUUGAUGGACUUCCAAGGAAGCCAAACACAGUUCUCGAAUACAUGCGCGGUCGAGCGAGGGACCAAUGGCGUUAGAUCAAUCAGCACGGAUGAAAGUAACAUGGUCAAAGCUGUAGCAACUUUAGAAAGGAUGAUUCUGCUUGAGGUUGAUCCAAGUCGUGUAGCUCGAACAAAGUUUCUAGAUUGCAGCGAACAAUUUUCUCAUAGGCAACAGCGACUUGCCCGGAAUCCAGCCCUUGAUACUUUGCCACUAUCGACGUAUCUGGGCCAUUUCUACCUGACAGAAGCACGAGAGAAAACCGUUUGCGCCCUUGACCAAGUCUUGCAUAUCAUACAGCUCACUACUGCUAAUGAGGAACGCAAAUCAUUUGCUGAGAUAAUCUUAGAGCUUACUAACACUGACACUGAAAUUCGCUAUUUGCUAGGAGUGUUAAUGGGCGAAAGCUACGAAAAAAAUGUGGAUUUAUGUACUCCGGUAGCGCUCUGCAUCAGGUCUCUAUUUUUACUGCAUAAACAUGUAAUCGACUUACUAUUGACUUGUCCCAGUGAAUAUAGCGAUCAAGUAGCCGAUAUCUCCAGAGCGGCACUGUCCACAGCUUGUGAAAUGGUUGUCGACGCGGUUCAAUUCCCUAAUAACUAUCAGAGUGGGAUGAUGCCGAUAUGCUGUUACUACAAUCUUCGCACAGCAAUCGAGUUUCUAGUGGAACAAAAGGGGACAUCCGCUGAGAUUGACAUUUUACGACAAGCCGAGAGGGCCUAUCGCAGCAAAUGUUUAUUUUGA